UCCGGGAUACCAACAACCAAAACAGACGUGAAACUCUCGUCGAGCCGACUCGCGCGAUUCUCAAGACGAACCGAAGACCAAAGAUUCCCGCGGGACUCUUCCAUUGGCUCCUCCCGAUUUCGUCUCGAUUUCCGGCAUUUUAUCCCUUGCCUAAUCGCAAACAGGAAAUCGGAAAUCGGAAAUCGGAAAUCGUCCGGCCGGAGCUCGAAGAUCGGAAUCGCCUUCUCUCUCCCGGCGGACAGUGGCGGGGAGCGAUGCUGCUCAAGGCGAUGCAGGCCGCCCUGGGUCCUUGGCGGAGGCCCUGCUCCUCCUCCUCCGCCCUGUCCCUCUCCGGCCCCUCUCUCCGAAGACGGCGCGGCUCGCAGCAGCAGCAGCAUCAGCAUCAGCAUCGUCCUCCGCCGCUCCGGCUCGUCGUCCCCCCGGCGGCGGCGUUCCCGGCCCGGAGGAGGCAUUGCGGCUCCGGGACGGCCCGCGUGCGCGCCGCCGCCGCCGCCGUUCCCCCUCCCGGGCCGAGGUCGGACACGGCGCACUCCGCGGCGCCCGUCGUCGCGGUUCAGACAUCCGGAAUUGUAAAAAAGAUCAAUUUCUGCCAAUGGUGUGGUGGACCAACUAAGCAUGAAAUACCUGAUGGAGAGGAGAAGAUGAGAGCUAUUUGCACUCUCUGCGGGAAAAUUGCUUACCAGAAUCCAAAGAUGGUUGUAGGUUGCCUCAUCGAGCAUGAUAACAAGGUCCUACUAUGCAAGAGGAACAUCGAACCUUCCAACGGUCUAUGGACUCUUCCUGCUGGUUACAUGGAAAUUGGGGAGUCAGCUGCGGAAGGGGCGAUCAGAGAAACUUGGGAAGAAGCAUGUGCAGAAGUGGAGGUUCUUUCACCUUUUGCUCAGCUGGACAUACCUCGUAUUGGUCAAACCUAUGUAAUUUUCUUAGCUAAGCUGCGGAAUCCUCGCUUCUCACCUGGUCCUGAAUCAUCAGAUUGCCAGCUCUUUGCCCUUGAUGAUAUACCUUUUGAUUCCUUGGCAUUUUCAUCCAUCUUGGUCACCUUGAAAUUGUACGUUCAAGAUGUUAAGAAUGGAAGGCCAAGGUUCCACUAUGGUACCAUCAAUAAAAGGCCUGGAUCGAGCCCUUCUGAUAUUCGUGCCUAUACUCUGGACUAUCAUCUGCAGUCCUGAUCAAAGCUGUGAUGGUUCUUCAUAUCUUUGUAUUGGUGUCACAGUCUUGAACUACGGCAAUGAAAAAUAUGCAUCAGUCAGACACAGGGUCUCAUCUUUAGUGUCUCCCUGCUAGUGUGCAGUAAAGAGAAGUUUCAGAGAAUUCAAAUGGAGGGAUGCUUACUUGCCCAGCGAAAAUCAGGAAAGGCCCUGAUUGCAAUUGCUUUAACUGGAGAUACUCUGUGUUCAAUGAGAGAAUAUCGUUAUUGGGAUGGCCGUUUGAAAUCAACAAGAACUUUUGCAAGUCUAAAGAAGAAAAGAGAAAAUCUCUAUCUGUUUCUGUUUCAGCGCGUAAGAGCAAGGAAACUGACGAUACUGUCAAGCUUGUAUUUCUGUGUCACAUCGAUCGUGGAACUGCAUGUGGAGUGAGAAAUAGAUACUCCUGCUUACUUGUCGCUCGGUUUACAGAAUUUUAGUAGUAAGACCAGGAAUUUCCGCUGAACGACCAAAGAUCCUUAUUCUUUUGUAGAUCUCCUGUGGUUGGAGCCACUUUUCUUGUCAGGGUUAAUAAUAUUUUACUCUGUCAAAUUGCUCA